AUGGAGGCUGCUCUGCCACGGCUGCGGUCAAUUGGGUCUGCCCAAAAGGGCUACACCCUUCUACGUGCUACAGCUUGUGUUUCUUGCUCUCACCGCGGCUUCUCGAGCUUGAAUCGGCCCCCGCCAAAUUAUCCAGGCCAUGUGCCUCUGACGAGGGUUGAGCGGGCUGGAAUGGCCAUUGGGGCUAGUCUGUGGUCCUUUUUCGACCCGUAUCGUCAUGACCUCAUCGCUGCCACAGGUGAGGCCACCGCAACCCCAUACUUCAUCUACCGCCUCCGCGACGCCAUGCUCGCCGACCCGACCGGCCGCCGCAUCCUCCGCGCCCGCCCCCGCAUCUCGUCCAAGACCCUCUCCCUCCCUGCCCUGCGCGCCCUCCCCGAGAACACCGUCGGCCGCGCCUACGUCGGAUGGCUCGACCGCGAGGGCGUGUCGCCCGACACCCGCUCCGCGGUGCGAUACAUUGACGACGAGGAGUGCGCGUACGUCAUGCAGCGGUACCGCGAGUGUCACGAUUUCUACCAUGCUCUCACGGGCUUGCCGAUCGUGAGGGAGGGUGAAGUUGCGCUCAAGGCGUUUGAAUUCGCAAACACGCUCCUCCCCAUGACGGGGCUGAGCAUCUUUGCAGCGGCGACCAUGAAGCGCAGCGAGAGGCAGCGCUUCGCGAGCAUCUACCUCCCCUGGGCGAUCAAGAACGGUGCCAGGGCCAAGGAGGUGAUCAACGUGUUUUGGGAGGAGAGGCUGGAGGAUGACGUGGAUGAGCUGCGGAGGGAGCUGGGGAUCGAGAGGCCGCCGGACAUGAGGAGUAUUCGCAAGAGGGAGAGGGAGGAGAAGAAGAGGUUGAAGGAGCUGAGAGAGGGGGGGUUUUGA